CGGACGAAGACCAUAAUGAAAUGAUCAAAAACAAUAAAAAACGUGUGGAUGAUAUGUUGAAUAAAAAUAGUCAACAUUGGCGAAUUGUAUUUGAAGAUUGCAGAGCUUAUGAAAAAAACAAAAUUCUCGAUCGCGACUCGAUGAUGGAUACUACACAAUCACUACCGCUACCAACAUCAAUGCUUUCAAAUUCUAUUUAUACCCAUCAUCACCUUAUUCCUCAUGACCAUCAAACUGUGGAUGGGACUCUUAUCAAACCACCAAAAAGACGGCGUGGAAACUUACCAAAAUCUACGACAGCCUUAUUAAAAAACUGGCUAGCCCAACACAAAAAGCAUCCGUAUCCUACCGAAGAAGAGAAGUCAGCCCUCGCUAAAGAAACAAGAUUAAGUCUUCAACAGAUUUCAAACUGGUUCAUUAAUGCUAGACGAAGACAUUUACCUCAUCUACUUGAAUCCGACUUUGUCAACGGCAAUUCAAUGAAUUCUAGGAGUUCUAAUGAUCUUGAUAUCUAUCCCUACGAGACCUCCGAAAAUUCUAUUGAGUAA